AUGAUUGGGAUGAUGGAGGUGGUUGAGGUGGUUGAGUUGAUGGCUAUUGGGAUGAUGACGGGGAGAUUCGGCUUGGCUACAUAUAAUACUAGUGAGGAGCGGCCUCCGGCCGCAUAUAAAAUUAAACAUCAGUUCGAGGAACCGCCGACAUGA